AUGAAACACAAACACCUCAAGGUUGCACAUGAUGCCUCGCUCCUUGCUGAAUUGGAUUUAGUCUCUGCUGGUUCCGAUAAAAACAAGAAGGAAAAUACCAAGUUUGAAGUGGCUCCUUUUGAUGAAAAGAUUAAAAAGAAUACUAAAAUGAAAUUAUUAAUUAAUUCAAUCAAGGCUAGAAAGAAAUUACACUUGGAUGAUUUAAAAUUAAAUAAUGACAAUACAAAUAACUACGAUGAUGUAGAGGUAGCUCAUGAAUUACAGGAGCGCAAUGAAACGACAUCAUCUAAUACUCCCAAAUUUAUUCAAGUAUCAGAUUUUUACAGUAACCAACUUUCAAAAAACAUCAUUGAAUAUGAAACCGAAAACCCUAUUGGGUAUUUCUUUUCUUCUCAAUGUAAAAAGAAACUCACCUCUCAAAACAUUGGCACAUCAAAACAAAAGGAAAACUACACAAUGAACAAUCCUUUUGGUCAUAACAGAGGUAAAAAAGAAAAGAAAAAGAUGGACCACAUUAAAAACAAGAUGGCUGGAUGGGGCCAAUUUUCGAAGUGGAUGGAUUUCAAUGUGGAAAAGGUGAUGCCAUGUAGAUGUCAUGACUGCGAGUUUGAGAGAUUUGAAAAGCGAUUUGAUCCCACGCGUGUGAGGGUCAUACUGUUAGUAGAUUAUGAUAGUUGGGCUACUGAUGAAUUGAGUUUAGAUUUUCAAAAGUUAAAGAAUAUUGGAAUUACUGAUGAAGACAUUUCACAAAUGUAUUUAUGGUGCUUUUAUAACGGAUACAUCUAUGAGAAGGGUAUGAAAAAAGAGAACUCUAAAAACGUAUUUGAUUGCUACAAUUUUAUAAUGGAAAACGAUGGCUCAAACCAAUCAGAAGAAGAAAUUAAGGUAAAAGAACAAUAUAAGGAAUUAAGAAAGCAUCACCAGCACACAAUUUUGGGAUCUUUUGAUUCAGUGGGCAAUUUACAAAUGUCACAAUCCAAUUUACAGCCUCAAUCUGCAGAUUUGGCAAUUCUGGCAACAUUAGAAUUUCUGUGCAACAAGUUCUCAACGCAUAACAGUCCUCCAAAGAUUUGUGUCAUUACUCGUGACAGAGAGCUAUCAAAUACAGCCAAAAACCUCAACAAUACUCUCGUUCAUACACCAUUUGGAACAGUCAAUUAUGUCUUUAAGAAGGCUAAAAAAUUGAUUUGA